AUGUUCGUCGUUAUUAACGGCCGGCCGUGCAAAAUCGUUGAUAUUUCAAUCGAUGCGAGCCAGUUUUUGACAUAUGUGAAAGGUCUGGACAUUUUUACUGGCAGGGAGCUUGAAUUGGAGUCUGGUUCUGGCGAUUUCGUCCAUGUCCCAAACGUGUUGCAACAUGUGUAUUCACUUGUCAAUGUCGAUGAGGGGUUCCUAAACUUGAUGGACAUUGAGGGUAACCCGAAAGACAAUGUCAAGGUACCUCCUGGCGACCUUGGUUCGCAGAUUGUGAACGACUUUAAUGACGGCAAGGAACUCUUGAUUACUGUUCUGUCGGCCAUGGGCGAGGAAGCUGCCGUUGCAUGUAGGGAGGCUCCAAAAGGCACAUAA